AUGGCGAAAAAGUGCGUUCACAAGGGCUGCGGGAAGACGUACGAGAACGAGGAUGAGGAAUGCCUCUAUCAUCCUGGCCCGCCUGUCUUCCACGAGGGGCAGAAAGGCUGGAAAUGCUGCAAACCGCGCGUCCUGACCUUUGACGAGUUCCUUGCCAUCGAGCCCUGCGCUAAGGGACAGCACUCCGAUGUCGACGACACGCCCGAGCCCGAGAAGGUCGAGACGCCUGAUGUUCCCAAUGGCACCUCAGUCAAUCUUGGAUCGCUGUCAGAGUCGCUGCCGGCCCCUGCACCUCGUCUCCCCGCUGCGCAGGCAACGCCGCGAACUGCCACCCCUGCCCCCGCUCCCGAGUCUGAGGACGAUGACCCGAACACGCCAUUGAAGGAGGGCAUGACCUGCAGGAGAAAGGGCUGCGGUGAGACGUUCAAGGGCGGAAGCAGGGAGGGCGAGAGCUGUGUGCACCACCCCGGAGUGCCCAUCUUCCACGAGGGAAGCAAAGGGUACAGCUGCUGCAAGCGGAGAGUGCUGGAGUUUGACCAGUUCAUGAGCAUGGAGGGCUGCAAGACCAAGGACAGGCAUUUGUUCGUCGGGAAAGCGAAGAAGGAGGGCGAGGAGGAGAAGGUCGACACAGUCCGCCAUGAUUUCUACCAGACUGCUGCGACUGUUACCGCUUCUCUCUACUUGAAAAAGAUCGACAAAGCACACGCGAUCAUCGAUUUCCAGCCCGAUCAUGUCAACCUCGAUCUCCGCACGUCCGACAGCAAGCGCUACAACACCAAGUUCCCAUUGUACGCCGGCAUCAAGCCAGAGGAGAGUAAAUUCAGGAUUCUAGGCACCAAGCUGGAGAUGACGCUCGCCAAGGCAGACGGCACAAGCUGGCCAGUGCUACGGAGCGACGACAGGUUGACCGGUGAAAUGAUCCAGGUUGGCAGAGCAGGCAUGGCCUGA